CUGGACUGAAUUGAGUCAAAAAGUUUGGUGGGUAAGCGAUUUUGAGCUCCGUCUUCGGCCAUGGAAAGCCAUUGAAGGUACUCUCUUGGAGUUAUUGUAAGGGUUCCUUUCGUUCGUUGUUAUCUGCCCGAGCUGCUGAGCAACCCAUCUCUUGAGGAACUUGGGUAUGGCUACAGCUAUGGCUGCAAUGAUUCAGAGAUCCCAUGUCGGCAGAAGAAGUUGGAGGUUUCUGAUAGUCAUCGCCAUGGCAGUCUUUGUCCUUGCUAUUGUUGUUAUUGUUCAAUGCUCUUCAAUUUCCUAUGGGAUUGGGAGAAAAUCAUCAUGGCCUCCAUUACUAGAAGAAGCUCCUGAGGCUUCCUCCUCUUUCUUGGUAAGUCCAAUCAAUAACCCUGGGAUUUCAGAUGAUUCGAAGUUGGGUGAGAUUCAGAAGUUCAACUUGGUGGGAAAUACUUCUGUAUCAGCAUCAUCCAAUGAUGAGGAUUUUGGAGAUGAUAUUGAAUCAAUCUCGAAUAUGGAAUUUCGAGAUCGAAGCAGGCCACCUGCUGUUGAAGAAGCUAUUGAAUUGGAACCCAAGAAUAGGGAGCCUCUGCAGAUUGUUUCUAUGGCAUUGAGCAAGAAUCCUGAGAAGGGGAGUCUAUCCUUAUCCAAGAGGUUGGGAAGGAAGAAGCAUUCAACAACAAUUUCCCAGAUGAACUCACAGUUGCAUCACAAUCUUGUUUCAGCUAUUUCUAAGAGACCGCAGCGGCCUUCUGCACGUGAUCGUGAACUCCUCUCUGCCAAAAUGCAGAUAGUAAAUGCUCCUAUUGUGAAGAAUACUCCUGGUCUUCAUGCUUCUAGCUUCUGGAAUGUCUCCAGGUUUAAACGGAGCUACGAGCUGAUGGAGCGAAUGCUGAAAGUUUAUAUCUAUAAGGAAGGUGAGAAGCCGGUAUUUCAUCAGUCAAGGAUGAGGGGGAUAUAUGCUUCAGAAGGAUGGUUUAUGAAACUGAUGAAGGAGAGUAAGAGGUUUGGUGUGAGAGACCCCAGAAAAGCUCAUCUAUUCUACAUACCUUUUAGUUCAGAGAUGUUGAGGAAAGAACUAUACAGGAAAAGCUUUCAGUCCGUGAAGGAACUUGAAGAACACUUGAAGAGCUAUGUGAAUCACAUUUCACACAAGUAUAGCUUCUGGAAUAGAAGCAGUGGAGCUGAUCAUUUCAUUGCCGGGUGUCAUGAUUGGGCACCAAAAUUGACAAGCAAUCACAUGAUGAGCAAUUGCAUCAGAGCCCUCUGCAAUGCAAAUGUGGCCAAGGGCUUUAAAAUAGGAAAAGACACAACACUGCCAGUGACAAGCAUACGUUCACAGGAGAGACCUCUGCAGGACAUUGGGGGGAAACCUCCAUUGGAGAGGCACAUCCUGGCAUUUUUCGCUGGAGGAAGGCAUGGUUCCCUCCGGCCGGUGCUGCUGCAGCACUGGGAGGCGAGCAAAUACCUCGACAUGAAGAUCUUGGGUCCUAUGCCGAGAGAUGUUGAGAGCAAGAGAAUCUACAGGGAGUACAUGAAGAGCAGCAAGUACUGCAUCUGUGCCAAAGGUUAUGAAGUUCACACGCCUAGAAUAGUUGAAGCCAUCUACUACGAGUGCGUCCCAGUCAUCAUCUCGGACAACUACGUGCCUCCGUUCUUCGAGGUGCUGAACUGGGAGGAAUUCGCGGUGUUUGUUGCGGAGAAAGACAUUCCAAGGUUGAGGGAGAUUCUGGUGGAAAUUCCGGAGGAGAAGUUUGUGGCAAUGCAGUCAAGUGUGAGGAUGGUGCAGCAACAUUUCCUGUGGCACAAAUCCCCUCAAAGGUAUGACUUGUUUCACAUGAUCCUUCACUCGGUUUGGCACAACCGAGUGUUUGGGAACUAGAAGGAGCAACAUCAACGCGAGGACCUUCAUGAUCAUUAGUAGGCUGCCUGUCACAGCAUCUAGUGACUCCUCUUAUGAAGUAGAACAAACCAGUGUAGUUUAUCUGGAAUGAAGUAUUGCGUCUUUCUUUUACUUGAAAGUUCUUCACAGUAACAUGCACCAAAAGAGGCAUAAAGCCACAAAGAAGAAGAGAUGUAUGGAAAGAGGAAACAGAGAGAUGUGUGCUGUCAUUAGUUAUGAAGAUGUAACAGACGAGAGCGAGCAACAGCCUAGUGCAUUCCUAUCUCCAUUUGUGAAUGAUUGACAGCAAGCGCCAAGCAGAGAGCAAGGAAGAACAAGUCUGCUGUUGGGUUGAGGGGACGGCCAGUUGCUGAGCUGGUGAUCGAUUCCUCUGAAACAGUAAAACCCGUGGUUUACUGAGUGAUGAUAAUUGCAGUGCUCUCUUCCACUUACCGAUUUGCGAGACGAGUUUUAGUCUGAAUCUACUGGAGAAUUUGAUUGCCUCCAGUGGCAGAACAAGCAUGGCGCAUGUGUACAACCCUAGUUGGAAGAGCGUGCUCCUCGCUCUUCACUCCAGAGGUUAUGAUUGUCGUCUGAAAUGUUCAUGGUGAUGAUGCUGGUAGUGGUGGGGGGAGCGUCAUAAAGUGGCGGAAAGAUACAGAUUUCACAUUUCAGGUACGCAAUCUUCAUAUCUAGGGAGUUGUGAUCAGUUGUAAUUUGAUUCAGCAAUAGUUGAUUGAAUCUCUGAAGUGGCCAUUUAGCUAAGGAAAUAACUAAGAAAAAUGUAGGAGCAAGGACUAGGGCUCCUGGGUUUGGAGCUAGAGCGACGACAAGCACAACCAUGCAUGACAAUAAUGUAAGACUUAAAGA